AUGGAUUCGCCAAACAGAGUACUCGUCACGGGUGGAAGCGGUUUCUUGGGAGGACACGUGGUCCGACAACUGCUCAACGAUGCAGAAACUACUGUGGCUAUCGUCAGCCGCCAUCCCAAGAUGCCAGCUGAUGUUGCUGACGAGUCUCGCGUCUCGCUUCAUGCAGCCGACCUGACCAUACCGAGCCAGAUUGACCAAGUCUUUGAGACGUUCAAACCGCAUGCUGUUAUUCAUACGGCCUCGCCGUCUUAUGUGGAUACGCCUGCAAACCUGAUAAAGGCAAACAUCGAUGGGACAAAAGCUUUACUGAAAGCUGCUUCAGCUAGUGCUGACACACGCGCUUUUGUUUUUACGUCCUCUGAUUCAGCUGUUGUACCUACGCAAGACCCUUUAUCCGAAGAAGAUUCUGUUCUAUACGACGAGACGAACGCUCCUAACGCUUAUGCUAUGUCAAAGGCUGCCGCUGAAAGACUCGUCAUUGCAUCAAAUUCAGAAGAGCUUCGGACUGCAGCACUACGAAUACCAGCCACAUAUGGCGAAUACGACAUGAACUUCGUGCGUCAACUUGUGCAAAGCAUUCGAAGAAAGGAGCACAAAAUGCAAGUCGGCAAUGAUACCAAGGCCUUCGAGUUUUUGUAUGUCAAGAAAGCAGCCGAGGCACAUAUCCUCGCCAUGAGAGCACUUCUGGACUCCGAGAAACGUGAAAUGGCCGGGGGCCAGGCAUUCUUCAUCUCAGAUGGAAGACCACAGAAGUUCUUUGACUUCUCUCGGAAGCUUUAUGCCGCGGCUGGUCAUCCGGUUGCAUUGGAGGAGGUUACGAAAAUUCCGUUUUUUGUGAUGCAGGCGAUGGCAUCGACGGCUGAAUGGGCUUACUGGAUUAUGACAUUGGGAUACAUUAAACCAGGUAUGCGAAGGACUGCUAUUGAUCAUUUAGAUUCAGGAUGCUGUUGGUCAUUGGAGAAGGCGAAUAGAAUACUGGGUUAUGAACCGAUUGCGGAUCAGGAUCAAGUCAUUAGGAAAACAAUGGAAUGGGCGAUGAAAGCUUUGUGA